CUUUGUUUGGUCGUAAUUGGGAAUUUCUCUUUUAUGACCAUCUGCAUCCCUUAUUUGUUAUAAGUAUCAAGAUGUUGUGUUUAAACCUUUUAUGGGUUUUUUUUCUAAAAUUGUAAUUUUUGUCUGUGAUUGUAGAAGCUGCUUAUGUUUUAGCAAUAAAGUUCUAGGCUUUGGUGUAUAAAUUUUUGUGGGUUUUAGCGUUUGAUGCUUUGUGUUGGUAGCAGUGAAAAAUGGCUUCAGAUCCAAAGGUUCACAUAUUUGAAGAGGUGGCGAAGCACAACAAGACCAAAGAUUGCUGGCUUGUUAUUUCUGGGAAGGUGUUUGAUGUGACACCAUUCAUGGAUGAUCAUCCCGGGGGUGAUGAAGUUCUGCUGUCUGCAACUGGGAAAGAUGCAACAAAUGAUUUUGAAGAUGUGGGUCACAGUGAUUCUGCCAGAGAUAUGAUGGAGAAGUAUUACAUUGGAGAGGUUGAUCCAUCAACUGUCCCGUUAAAACGGAUUUACAUUCCACCGCCACAGGCUCGGUACAAUCCUGAUAAGAUAUCCGAAUUUGUGAUUAAGAUUUUGCAGUUCCUGGUUCCCCUUCUAAUCUUGGGUUUAGCCUUUGCUGUCCGUCACUAUACCAAGAAAGAGUAGUCUUGCUUUCUACGUUGUCCCCUUUUAAGGGUUAGUUAUUGGUCAUCAGUUGAGCAGUUGAAAGUACAAUUGCUUGUUUCACUUAUGUCGUUGUUCAUCAGAGAACUUUAUAGUGCCUUUUUGGUUCUGGUCGCUUUCUAGUCUGUACGAUGUUUAAAAUUAAAGGAUGAUUAUGGAGAGCAUAUUUUCUUUGACA